AUGCAGCAGUUUCCUGAUAUGCAACUUGCAAGCCAUAUUUGUACACAUCACUUGGUGUACCAUUGUCCUGAGCACCAAAUCUCCAAUACUAUCAUCACCGAAACUGUUUACCGUACGAUUGGUUGGCGUUUUUUUGAACGGAGGAUGGUUUGGAGCACUUGUUAUGCACUUCCUCACAGCCCUCAAUAG